UGUAACUUUUACUUUUAUAUAGGCUAGGUCGAAAUACAAUUUAAAUAAUUAAAAAAAAACAUACAAAAAAUAUAAUAUAUCAUGGAGUCACUGUUAAAACGAAAACAUCAACAAGAGGGUAGUGAUGUUAGUAAAAAGUUUCGACCAGCCGAAGAACACCCAUCCGAUGUCAUCAGGGUCGGAUCUAGGAAGAGCCAGCUUGCAGUAAUUCAAACAAAAUCAAUUAUAAAAGCUUUAGAAGAUAGAAACCCUGAAUUAAGUUUUGAAAUGGAAACUAUGGACACAUUAGGAGACAAAAUAUUGGACAUUGCAUUACCUAAAUUCGGGGAGAAAAGCCUAUUCACAAAAGAUCUUGAAAUUGCUCUCCAGGAGAAAAGAGUUGAUUUUCUGGUCCAUUCACUAAAAGAUUUGCCAACAACAAUGCCGGAAGGGAUGGCUUUAGCAACUAUUUACAAGAGAGACGAUCCGCAUGACUGUGUCAUAUUCCAUCCCAAACACAAAGGGAAAAAGCUGGCAGAUCUUCCUGAAAAAAGUGUAAUUGGUACGAGUUCACUUCGACGGGUUGCACAGCUGAAACGAGCGUACGGCCACUUGGAAUUUAAAAGCAUUAGAGGAAACUUGAAUACGAGGCUUCGUAAAUUGGAAAAAGAUUCGGAAUACGACGCUAUUGUUCUUGCAAAAGCUGGUAUUGAUCGUAUGAAAUGGGGAGACAAAGUUGACCAGGUUUUGACCGAAGAAGAAUGCUUGUAUGCAAUCGGACAGGGUGCGAUGGCUGUUGAAGUAAGAAGUGAUGAUAAAUACACAAGCAGUUUACUCGGCCAACUUAGUGACAUACCAUCAUUGUUGACCUGUCUCGCCGAACGGACUUUUAUGCGAGUACUGAAUGGCGGAUGCAGCACUCCUGUUGGAUGUUAUGCCAAGUUGGGUGAUAACGAGCUCUCCCUGCACGGUGUUGUUUUAAACGAAGAUGGUAGUAUCUGCUUGGAACACACAUUAAAGGAAAAAAUAAAAACAAAUAUUCCAACGGUGGAGGGUGUCGAAAAUUCAUUUGAGAUGUCAAAAUCAGGCGUUUUUGUCGAUAGCAGAUACAUGGACGAACUUAUUAAAGCAGAAAAGUUAGGCGAAGACUUGGCUCUUGCUUUAAAAGAACUAGGCGCUGAUGAAGUGCUACGUGACGUUCGAGCAAACUUACCGAAAGUAACAAAUAUACAAAUUCCAACGAGCGGAAUUUUAAAACUGUAAUUCAUCCGAAAAAUAUUUUUAUACUUUCUAAAAGAAUUAGAGUGGAUGUAGAUAUAAAUUAUUCUCAUUAUACUUUCAGUGGAUGCUUUUUCUCGCAAGAACAAGCCUUAACAUCCUGUGUGAUCUUGUCGACUUUGCUUUUGUAUAUAAUAUAUAUUUUGAUUUUAUGUUACGUCACAGUUUUUUUUAUAUGCGCUCCCUGCUGAACUACCAUGUUUGUUUUUUGUUUUAGUCCUUAUUUAGCUUAUUUAUGAAUUCCUUUUAUCAAAAAAAAAAUUGUCAUCCGAGUUCAUUUCAUGAAUGUCCGGUUCCAAUAUAUAUAUACGCUUUUUUAUAAGGAACACUGAUGUUGGCGUUGUUACGACCAAAAGCUCUAAUACAAAAUAAUAAUUAAAAA